UUACAUGUUCAAGGCUAUUGCGUCAUAUUUCCGCGCCAUUCGGCUCUUCACUGCUGAGGACGGAUCCAGCAUGGGGCACCUUGGAGGCUCAUUUCUGCUGAUUGCGUUGCUAAUUUUGCUUCACAUUCGGGGUGCUGCAUCUCACUCUUUACCCGCCUGUAACCAGCAGCUGGAGUUUACAUGCAGUGAUGGAUCAUGCUUAUCAAAGCUGAAGUGGUGUGACGGCCACACAGACUGUGCUGAUGGAUCUGAUGAGCACCACUGUGGCCGCAGCAGGUGUGGGAAAGAGGAGUUCACCUGCCGCAGUCGACGCUGUAUAUCAUCAAAAUUCUCCUGUAACGGUGUUGACGAUUGUGGCGACGGGAGCGAUGAGGAAUCCUGUCACAACUGCACCCCUGGGUCUUUCUCCUGCGGGCCGACCGAGGCCUGCCUGCCCAGAAACAAGCUCUGUGAUGGGUGGAACGAUUGCAAAGAUGGACGAGAUGAAGCCCAGGGCCUGUGCGGUUCAGCCCAGGCCUCUCCUCAGAAGUCCUCAGCUUGUGCAGCCUCAGAGUUUCAGUGUGGAGAUGGAGCGUGCAUCCGGCAUGCUUGGAGGUGUGACCAUUCCUCAGACUGCUCUGAUGGCAGCGAUGAGGAAAACUGUGAUAUCAGCAAUCAGGAUGAAUGUCAGGACAAUAACGGCGGCUGUUCCCAUUACUGUUUGGACCAGCCCAUUGGUUUCCUUUGCCAUUGCCCGGACAAUAUGAAGCUGGUCGAAGACAGCCGCUGUGAAGAAGUCGAUGAGUGUCUUGAGAGUGACAUCUGUGACCAGCGGUGCGUCCACAGAAAUGGCAGCCUCACCUGUGAAUGUCAAGAGGGCUACCACAUGGACCCACUGACCAAAGAGUGCAAGGCCGAGGGAAGUGAAGCUCAGCUGUUUUUCAGCUCUUCAAAAGGAAUCCAAGUGAAAAACCUGAUUAACAAGGAGUAUUCAAUACUGUUGCCACAUUCACUGGGACACGGCCCACUAGCAGUCCUGGCUUCCACCCAUAGUGUGUACUGGGCGGAACAGGGACGCGGCUCCAUAUACAGGAUGUCAGUAGCUGAAAACACAAAGGAAGCCAUGCUGGUGAUGAAAGUUCAAAGUUCAGUGUCUGGGCUUGCUGUGGAUUGGAUUCACCAACUUCUCUACUGGACCAACAUUGAGGCAGGUUCACUUAAUGUGGCGCUGCUGGAUGGUUCGUUUCAACGUCAACUGAUCACUGGGCUCAACAAGCCCUCUGCGGUUGCUGUGGAUCCUCUCCAAGGCUUCCUCUUCUUAGCUCAGUGUGGCAGCACUCCAGUGAUUGAGAGGGUCACUCAAGAUGGAUGGACAAAACUUCCUUUGGUCACUUCUUUAAUCCGCCAGCCUGUUGCCCUCUCUCUUGAUUUGCCUCGACAGUUGCUCUACUGGUUUGACCAGGGAAUGAGGAGCAUCUCCAGAAUAGAUCUUGAAGGCCGCCACCGUAAAACUGUGGUAGAAUCAAACGGCUACCUGGACCGGUUGUUUGGACUUGUAGUAUUUGAGGGAUCUUUAUAUUGGAGUGAUGGAGCUACACACUCCGUAUGUCGUGCCAACAAACACAAUGGCGGAAAUCUCCAGGUGAUGAUGUCAAACAUUACCGUACCUGGCAGUUUGGCCAUCGCUCAUCCAGCGCUUCAACCAAAGGGAGUGGUUGCGUGUGGACGUCCAGGGAUGGUGUGCCAGCACGGAUGUGUGAUCAAUCUGAUGUCAGAGAGGCAACAAUUCAGCUGUGACUCUCGACACACAAGACCCAACAAAACUCAAGUUCCUUUUAUCUCACGCUCUGUUCCUGCAUCAACUUUAUCUCACCCAAUGUUUGCUGGAAUCCUGUCUCUUAUCAUGCUUCUCAGUAUGCUGCUGGUGGGGAUGGCUUGGUGGUGGUGGAGGGAAGAGUUUCGUCCUUCCAGGUCUUUCACAUUGCAGAAUUUUUCUCUGAAAGAGUCGCAGAACCCACUCAUCGAUCAGGGGCCUCCUGCGGGCCCCAACACAACUUCAGUCAAGGAAACCCUUCUCAGUCUGGAUUUGGACUCUGAGUGAAGGUGCGGCGCCAGCAGACAGCUGGCUGCACCCCUCCUGCUAAUGUUUCAUCAUGGGACUAAACAGACACUCCCAGACUUUUAUGUCGUCACUUCCCAGCAUCAUUUGGGUGUGAACGUUGUUGAAGCAAUGAUAUGAAUGUCUGAGGUCUGGGAGCUGUGGUGGCCCGCCAUCAUUACUUGGUUCCCUCAGUUUGAAGGGUAAUAACUUUAAAUCCUUUUGGAUUUCUGCUGUUGAUGUUUAUGAUUCACUCUGAGAGCCUUUGUGCACAAAUGACAAUAGGAUAUCAAAUUAUUAGCAAGCCAACAUAUUUACUAGGUUAAGAGUUGCAACCUGAGACUCUUUGACAUGUAGUAGAAAUAGGAACUGUUCAAGCUCAUAAUUAAAGUAACUGGGCACCUGAAUGUUAGAAUGGGCCACAGUUUUCUAGGAUCAGAUUUUCUAUUAUAUUGUCUGAAGAUGAUGGAGUGUUGAAUUGCUGGGUUUGGUCGAGUUGUUUUUGUUUUUCAGAGAGUUAAAGAACAGUAUAUGCAAUAUAUUUAAGUGCACUGGGUAUUUAAUAUGAUUAUAAGUAUUAAAGAGUACAUUGUGGGGUAACUUAAUAGUUUUCUUUAAUAAAACAAUUGCUCUUCUGGUUUGCUCUUAUUACCAUCAGCUCUGUGGAUGUACUGUGACUUACCUGCUGCCCAAUGAGUACUUGAAUAAUUUAAAAUGUGCAUUAUUGUUUUAUGCUCUGAAGACAAAAUACGUGAAUUAAAUCUAAACUGUCAAAAGGCAGAGGGAAAAAAAUAAACCCUAAUUUGUUGAGUCUAGUCAAAUAUUGUCACAUUCCUUUUUUUUCCCAGUUAUUGAGUUGAGAUUUUGGUUUCUGAUCACAUUAAAACUGUAAUGAGCUUAAACUUCAAGUGGCAGUUCUCUCUUUAUAUAAGAAGAUGCCACCGACAUCCAGGAUUUUGGUGGCAUUUAUUCUGCCUGAAGCCUGAAAGGAAAUAUUCCUGCAUUACAGUAUAGUUUUAUGUAAAAACGACAGGAUUUAAUUUUAUCUACCUACAGUCCCUUUUGAAAGUAUUUACAUCAUUUGAUCCCUAAACACACAAUGUAAAAAGGUAAGGAAAUAAGAUAAUGGUUUUCUCCUUAAAAAUCUGAAGUGUAUGAGAUGCUUCUAUAUUCAACCCCUUUAGUCUGGUGCUCUUAAAUACACAUUAAAUACAGCUGUUCUGUUGGACCUGAAGUUGUACCUCAAAGUCCUUUAGGUAUAUCUUUACAAGUUUUCCACAGACUCCCAACUGAAUUUAGUUCUGGACUUUGAUUAGACCAUUUUGACACAUAAAUAUGCUUUGAUCUCCUCCCAGUCUGAAGUCUUCUGGAAUCACUACAGGUUUUCUUAAUAAUUUCAUGAAUACCAGUUACUAAUCGGACAAUUUAAAAAAUAUGUAGCAGUAUCGGAGUACAAAUGCUUUAAAAAAGCACUGAAAACUGUGCCUUCCUCUUCAUGUAAAAUCCAUGUUUUUGGUUAUAAUGUUUGUGUUUUUAAUGAGAUCAAAUUUGAAACCUUUUAAGGGGUUCGGUUAUUUGUGAAAGCAACUGUAUAAGUAUUAUUUGCUCCUUAUUAUUUUUCUAAUGCUGUGUUCAAUUAUGCCAUGAAUAUUGUACCAACAUUUCUUCGGGAUGAGUGAAUAAUGGCAACCUCACAGUUUUGUUUCGUGUAAAUAGUUGGGGUAAAGCGAUGAGGGUUUCUUUGACUGAUAGUUUGCUUUCUGAGCUCUUAUUCUGAAAUGGGAAAACACGUUUUGUUCUUUUAACAUUCCUGUGUUUGAAUUUCUGACAGUUUGUUUAAGUCUUUUAUUUUUGUGCAAAUGUAGACGCCUUCAGGGCAAAUGGUUGAGAAAUAAUGCUGCAUCUAUGCUUCUGUGUUCUAUGGUUGGUAUUUAUAUUUAAGGAAGGGUUUGUUUAUUUAUUUUGGAUGGAAUUUUAUAUGUUGUAGAAGUUUAUUUGUACUUGGUACAACACUGUUGAUGCUGUAGAUGAACCCAAUAAAUUAAUGUUUUGGGUCUAAUCAGUUA